AUGUUCGAUACAUUUGCAAGGCUUUUAUCUUCUAUUCCUACAUUCCUAUUCCCCGUUUUCGCAUCCUACAAAGCUCUCAAGACCUCUGAUCCGGCAUUACUAACACCAUGGCUUAUGUAUUGGGUGGUUCUUGCGAUCGCUUUGUUCGCUGAAUCUUGGGUUGGAUUCAUACUAGUUUGGAUACCCUUUUAUUCCUGGUUUCGGCUCGGUUUCCUCCUCUACCUCAUCCUUCCCCAAAGUCAAGGCGCAAGAGUCCUUUAUCAAACAUAUGUUCAUCCAUGGCUUCACAAUAAUGAGCUCGCUAUUGACGAUUUCAUAGCCUCCGCUCAUGAACGCGCGAAGGCGGCAGGUGUCACAUAUCUCAAACAAGCUAUCGAGUUGAUCAGACAACAGAUCUUUGGUCUUCCACCUAGAGAACCAACGCCACCGUCAACACCUUCAACCUAUACCUAUACACAAAGCCUCAUGGCACGCUUCAAUCUACCAUCUGCUAGACCCUCGUUCUCACCAAAUUCUAUUGGGGGUGCUACUAGCACUGCAACCGACUUUUACUCUCUUCUUGCCUCAGCUGUAUCCGCUGCUACUUCAUCCAACGCUACCACGGGUGUAUCUGAAGGUCGAGAAUUAUCGAAUAGUGGAAUGUUGAUACCUAAUAAUGUAUCUGGGAGCGAACGUAUAACCUUCAUCCAAGCACAACGUGAACGUCUUUCAAUACUUCUUUCAGUGUUGGAUAAAGAAGCGCAAGCAUUACAAAAUGAAAAGCGUGUCCCGAGAAACAUCUCUAGCAUGUCAUUCGAUGGUACUAGCAGCGAAGAUGACAACCUUGAUCGACCAAAAAGCUCUAUGAGUGGAAUGACUUCAAGAAAGAGUGAGCCUGAUUUUGAAAAGAUUGAUGCAGACAGCGGAACCGAGGAGGUUGGAAAUAAAAGAAGAGUUGCGGACAAGACAUCUAGUGGGAACUGGUUGCCCUGGGCAUGGGGAGCGAAACCAGCGGUCCCAUCUGACACAUCCCUUUCUCCCGAAGAUAAGGGAAAAAGCUCGAGUAUUGAUGCAUGA